AUGAUAAAUCUUUCAUCAUAUUCUAUUCUAUUGAGUAAACAUCUUCAUGGUGCGGCGGCGGCCUUCGUGGCUGUCAAGAAAGCCAGGUUGAAGGUGGCAGUGUCAAUGAGCCGCGGGAGCACUGCUCUCAUUGCCACACCUCCUCCUGCUUCUCUUGCAGCCGCGGCGGAAGUUGCUGUGCCCUGCAGUGGGAUAUCAUCCCUUCUGCCAGCCGGUGUGUCUGUGUCCAGUUCAUCCCCUGCCCCCCCCGCCGCUGUUGCGACGCCGCCCCCCCCAACCAACACAGUGAUUUCCCCUCCCAUGGCGCGCCCGAGCCCUGCUCAGAAUGCUGCUGGGUUGGGUCCGCAGAGUCCUGCAGUUCCUUCAUCUUCUCUCUGUGAGAAGGCUCCAGUGCAGCCUCUGGCCAGCACUGCUACUUGUCUACACUGUAUCAAGCAGUUGAAGAAGAAGGGGAUUCUAUUUCAGAUGCUCAAGCAGUACAGAGCAAGAGUCUCAGAGCUUCAAGUGUUAAUGAAUUCUAUCAAGGCUGGAGAGAUCUCUCUUGCUCAUCUGUAA